UUGGUCUGUUUCGUUCUAGUAACCAGAACCGUGGUUGUUUUUGUUUAUACUAUUGCCGUUAUCGUUAUCACAAUUCACGACUUAUCAUGAUUAAUUUUUUUUAUGUCUUACACCACGACCACGGUUAAACAAAAUACCGCACUAAACCAAGCGCUCGCGAAUUUCUACGUUUUCAACGUUUCAAACGUUGGCGUUCGUUCUGCAAAACGUUUGCCGCUCCAGAAUUUCCUCUGAAGAAUAUACUUUCGUUACUUUGUUCGGUGUUCUGUAACCACGGUUUAAGAUAUAUCUACAACCAGUACAACUGUGUCUGUAACCUGUAUAUUAUUAUUAUCUUUAAUCGUGGCUUGAAUCGACCAUAGCUGAUAUAUAAUAGAAUUAUUAUUUAUUCAUUAUAUUAUGUCUAUGGAAUCGACGCUCGACGCCGGCACCGGAUUUCGCGCCAAAUGGCCCAAAUGUCGGCCAAUGGACUGUGAAAGAUCUGUGGUUAUAUUGUAAUCACUAAUCUGUAAAUACAGUCUGUAUUCUGUAUUAAUCCAGACUCCAGAGUAGGUAUUCCUAUUAAUAUCCAAUUCUAUCGCCUAUUUUUUGUGAAUCCGCGAAGGUUGGAAUUUCAAUUCGAAAAUCUUUCAUAAUUCUUAUUAUUAAUUAUUAUCCGUGUGUUUAAUUUUUAUACACAUUUGGCUAUAAAAAAUUAAUUUUGUUUGUUGGCCGUAUUGCUGCAAGUAUAAUUAUAUUAUACUUUGUUCUGUAGUUCUGUGCAUUUUCCAACGUACUAGAGUGAGGGUUUUUUCAUCUACUAAUUAAAAAUAUUAUCGAAAUGGCUUCAAAUGAAACAAAAGACGAUAAUGUAAGAACACUCAACUACGACGAGUUAGAUGUGUAUAGUAAACUAGAAGUUAAACUUAAAGAACGUAAUAAAAUUAUAUGUCGCAAGGAAAUUACCCUGCCCUGCGCACAUGUUGAAGACACUGACCUUUCAGAUGUUUUGGAAGCUAGUAAUAUUCCUUCAGUUAGACCCAAUAAACAUUUGGAGGAUAAUGCACGAGCAAUUGGUACAUUAAUGGAUAAUAUUCGCAAACUGAAACGUACUUCAGAGAUGGAAAUGGAUUUUGUUAUCAAUGAAGGAAGAAAUAACAAUGAUGAGAUCAGUCAAACACUUGCACAACUUCGACAGCAGUCAGAAAAACUUUUUAAAAACAUUAUACAUACUCAAGUUGCUUUUAAUGAAUGUUUAAGUUUGACGGACAGUUUAGAAAACAAAGUGCAUAUAAAAAACCACACAAAGUUAAUUGAAAAAACUUGUAAAUUUGAUAGAGGACUAGAAUCAGUCAUUGGCUGUAACAAAGAUGAGUUAAGAAGACAUAUUGACAAAGACUUGAAAAUUGAAAAUGUCGAGGAAUUUAAAAAUGCAUACAAUGAAUUGGCCCAAGGGAUAUUAACUGAAACUUAUGACGCUGGUGUGAAAACAUAUAAAAACCACGAACAUUUAUUAGCAAUUCAACAAUUCAAUAAACCUAAUGAAGGAUUAAUUGCAGAAGAAUUGAUAGUAGGGAAGUUGGAUCCAUAUACAAAGCAACCAAUUACCAAACCAAUACGCAACAAAGUUUGCAAACAUAUAUAUGAUUUAGAAUCAGUUAAUCAAAUGUUCCAGAGUAAAAUGUUUGUAUCUUGUCCGUAUAUUGGAUGUGAAAACAAACGUUUUACAAAAGCUGAUCUGAAUAUUUCCGAGAUUAAUUAAUGAAUUAUGAUUUGUCUAACUGAAAAAAGGAACUGUAAUUUUUUUAUUUUCUGUUAAGAAAUACUUUUUGUGUUAUUUGUAUAAAUUGAUGUAAAAAAGAAGUUCAAUUGAGACUCAGGAUUACCAUGAUAAUAGUUAAUCACUAUUAUUUUUUAAACUUACAUUUAUAUAUACCUAAUUAAAGAAAAUUGAAUUAUGUAACACACUAUCACAAAAAGAGUACAUCCCAUUAAUGCAAGGUAUAUAACAUUAUAUAUUAUUUUCAUUUUCAUUUUAUAAAGGACAUUUUUUUUUUCUUUGUUGAAAAUUAUUAAAAUAAUAUACUAUUAAAUUAAAUUCA